AUGCGGACCAUCCACCACGACUUUCUACCUCGCUUUUGGCAUUUCUUCGACGCCGAUGAUAAAGGCACCAUACACAUUGACCCACACCCUGCCUCUCUUUCUGUAUAUCGAUCCACACCUUUGUCACCGCUUCUGACCUCUGUUGACCUCGAAUCUCCCGCAUCGGGUAUCCGCCCCUUCGUCUUCAAUCGAAGGAUGGUCAUCAUGAAGGUUGCGGAUACGGUCUUUUCGCGCCACGGAGAGCUCGGCUUGUGGAUCGGAGCGGCGCAAUCGAAGAGGCCCUUGAUGUGUACUCAGGUUGAUAACGAGACGCGACGUCACAUCAACGUUCUCGACAUGCUGUCUCUCAGUGUGCACGACCCCCACAGCGACGGUCUGCGCAUGGAGCUCUUGCCCUCAUCUAGCCAAUCAAUGUAUCAUGCUGCGAUUUUGGAGGUACAUCAGCCAUGGGCGGCUUACAGGCCUGGCUCGACUGGUACCAUUAAAACAUUCGGAGAGGAGCCGCACACCAAUGCCCGACUUAUCACUCAAAUUGGGCUAUCUCAGCUUCAAAUUUGUUUCGUAAUCGCGCAACGCAUGGAUGUAUACUCCCAUCAAGACAUGGAUAUGGAUCGCAUUCAUCUCAUCCAGACUGCUGACCCAAGCUUUAUCUCCGAGGUCUAUUCUCAGUCCAAGGAGCGACUUGACGAACGCAGUGCACCUCGCUAUCGAGCUUUAUCUCCGCGGUCUGAGUACUUCGUCAUAGCCAACACAGAACAAGUCGAGCUUUAGAGGAUAAGGACGGGAACUGCUGUGGCCCGUAUUCCCGCCGAAGACCUGAACGCGGAGACAGUGACUUUCUCGGACGACGAGUUGCGAAUAGCCUGGAUACAAGAGAGUCGUGCGAGAUCACAAGUGGUCGUUUGGGACAUCAACGCUGGUCACAGCCUGGAUUUGCUUCCAGCGCUGGGCGGAGACGCAUCCAACAUUUAUCUCUCGCUCCCGUCCAAAUCCACCCUUCGUUUCUUAUAUCGCC